AUGGCACCUACUCUCUACAUGCUGGACGCUAGCCCUGCCGUAAGGGCCGUCCUCAUGACCGCAAAAGCGAUAAACCUUCAACUGAACCUCAGAGACAUAGAUUUCUUCCAGAAGGAGCAACUCCAACCAGAGUUUCUCCAGAUGAACCCUCAACACACCAUCCCUACGCUUGUGGACGACGACGGCUUCGUCGUCUGGGAAAGUCAAGCCAUAAUGGCCUACUUGGUGGAAAAGUACGCCAAAAACGACGACUUGUACCCCCACGACCCGAAGAAACGCGCAAUCGUCAACCAGAGGAUGCACUUCAACACGGGAGUGGCGUUCUUCCACAUGAGGAACAUAGCGAAAGCUAUUCUUUGGUACUACGAAAGUCGGGUACCGGAGAAGGAGAGACAAGGCGCGGUUGAAGCCUAUGGUUUCUUGGAAACAUUUCUAGACGGAAAUGAGUGGGUGGCUGGAGAUUUCGUCAGCAUUGCCGACUACAGUCUGAUUGCUACUCUGAGUACUCUAAAUACGGUGGUACCAAUUGAAUACGACGAGUAUCCAAACGUGGUGGCUUGGAUGGUGCGGUGCGAGAGUCUCCCUGGGUACCCAGCCAACAAAAAAGGGUUAAAAGCAGCCAAAGAGGUCUUCAAAAUCAGAAUGUCAAAAACACUUUUUUCUCACUCAAUGGCUCCUACUUUGUACAUGAUUGACCCCAGCCCUCCCGCUAGGGCUGUAAUGAUGACCGCCAAAGCCAUCAACCUGGACCUAAACCUAAAAGAAGUCGACUUUUUCAACGAAGAACACCUGAAACCUCCAUACCUCAAAAUGAACCCUCAACACACAAUUCCGACUCUCGUAGACGACGAUGGGUUCACGAUUUGGGACAGCCACGCCAUCAUGAUCUAUCUCGUGUCUAAAUACGCCAAAGACGACUCUCUUUACCCCACGGAUUUGAAAAAACGGGCUCUGAUAGAUCAACGUCUGCAUUUUGAGUCUGGAGUAGUCUUUGCCUAUUUGAGGAGAAUCGCACGACCUAUCGUUCUUGGUGGUCAAACUUUCAUAGAACCGAAAAAUAAAGAGGGUGUGAUAGACAGUUACGGUUUUCUGGAUGCUUUUCUAGAAGGUCGUGAUUGGGUGGCUGGAGAUUCUGUCUCUGUCGCUGAUUUUAGUUUGUUGUCGUCGGUUGGCACUCUCGCAAGAGUUAUUCCAGUCGACGAAACGAAGUUCCCAAGGGUCGUUGCAUGGUUAAAUCGAUGCCAGAAGCUUCCAGAGUACGAAGUCAACAAAACUGGAGAAAAAGCGAUGGCGGAUUUCCUUUUGAGCAAAUUAGAGUAG